AUGACACUAGUUCCAAGCCCCGUGUUAUUCCCAAGCCCCGUGUUAUUUCCAAGCCGUGUUAUGUCCAAGCCUCGUGUUAUUUCCAAGCCCCGUGUAAUGUCCAAGCCCCGUGUUAUUCCCAAGCCCCCCCCGUGUUAUGUCCAAGCCUGUGUUAUUUCCAAGCCUCGUGUUAUUCCCAAGCCCCGUGUUAUGUCCAAGCCCCGUGUUAUGUCCAAGCCCCGUGUUAUUCCCAAGCCCCGUGUUAUGUCCAAGCCCCGUGUUAUUCUCAAACCCCGUGUUAUGUCCAAGCCCCGUGUUAUUCCCAAGCCCCGUGUUAUGUCCAAGCCCCGUGUUAUGUCCAAUCCCCGUGUUAUUCCCAAGCCCCGUGUUAUGUCCAAGCCCCGUGUUAUGUCCAAUCCCCGUGUUAUUCCCAAGCCCCGUGUUAUGUCCAAGCCCCGUGUUAUGUCCAAGCCCCGUGUAAUGUCCAAUCCCCGUGUUAUUCCCAACCCCCUUGUUAUGUCCAAGCCCCGUGUUAUGUCCAAUCCCCGUGUUAUUCCCAAGCCCCGUGUUAUGUCCAAGCCCCGUGUUAUGUCCAAGCCCCGUGUUAUUUCCGCGGUAACUGUUUGGACGGCUGGAAUUGAUACUUAA